UUUUUCCUUUUCUAGGGCCACUCAUGUGGCAUGUGGAGGUUCCCAGGCUAGGGGUCUAAUCAGAGCUGUAGCCACCGGCCUAUGCCAGAGCCACAACAAUGCGAGAUCCGAGCUGCAUCUGCAACCUACACCACAGCUCACGGCAACACCGGAUCCUUAACCCACUGAGCAAGGGCAGGGAUCGAACCCGCAACCUCAUGGUUCCUAGUCGGAUUCGUUAACCACUAUGCCACUAUGGGAACUCCACACUUGCUUUCUGCAUGGCUUCUGAACCACACGGUCUCUUGUCUGGGAAGGCCUCUUCAUUACCAAAUUGACUAUGCAUCUCUUCAUCAUAUCUGCACUAUUCAAAUUCUGUGAAUUUGGCACUCUGAGACUGGGACUCACCUGCUUCUCCCCUCUCUGGUCUUCUCUUCAGCUAGCUUCCUCUGGCCACCCCCAAAUGGUGCCCAUGCUGUACUCCUUCCCGAGCUGCUCUCUUCCAUCGUAGUUGUAGACCACUGCCUGUGGGUGUAAGACUCCGCAGACGGUAUAAACCGUCCAGGCCUCUCUGGAACAUUAGAUGUGAACUCUCUCUGCUCACUGGCUGCUCUGUGUGGAGGUCCCACUGGCACCUCGGGUUUCCUCUCUCGUGAUAUCUUGCCCUCUGCACACACAUCCAUGACCAGCUCUUCUUUAGUCACCAUUAAUAGCACCACAGCCUAUCGCUUUUCACAUCUGAAACCUGCCCCUCAUUCUCAUGCUCCGCAUCCAGUCUACCAAGGCCUGUUGAUUUGGCCUUAUGAAUACUUCUGACUCCUUCAUACCCACUGCCUUCACUUCUCCUGGGCUCUUGAGGUCGUCUUUUCUCUAAUUUGACUAAGCCACACUUUUGACAAAUGAUCAUUCUGAAAUACAGAAUUAAUAGUUCUCCAAUGUUAAGACUCCACUGCUUUCCUAGUUCUUACAGAUAAAAAUCCAUUUCUUAGCCUUCUCUGACUCCCACUAACCCCUUCAGAUUCAUCUCCUUGGAUGCCCACCUUGCAUUUUAGGUAGGACACUGUUUAAUGCCUUUGAGUGUUUGCCCAGCAGUUUCACCCAGGAAGUUCUUUCCUCUGCCUUGUCAGUGGGGUCUAUUUCUCUUCAUCCUUCAAAACCCAACUGAGACAUCUCAAGGGAAUCUUCCUUCAUCUACAGAGAUGGUUUAAGAGCUUCUUUCUCUUUUGCCGGUGGACUUCGUACACACUUCUGCAUCCUUCUAGAAUCUGUGAGCUUCACCCAGGGAACAGCUCUUUGAUCUAUGUUCCCAGGACCUUCUCAGAAACAAUCUACAGAUCCAAACUGCUUUAAAUUUGCACCGCCUAAUGCAGCUUGAGCAACAAAGGGAAAGGCGAGGCCACCUUUCCGGCAGGGGAAUCACAGCUUGGCAGGGAGGGAGUAGCUGGGUAGUGCAGACGCCACAAAGGAUCAGUGUGGUGAGUGAGUGGACGCGAGCCUCAAGUGAGGGCUUGGUACAGUCCCAGAUGCCUCUUCCCCGGCCCAGCUCAGAGGGGACAGGGAGACUGAAGCCCUUGCGCAGCCUCAGCCUGGGAUCCGGAGCUGCCAGGCUUUAAUCCGGAGAGGACCAGAGGAAAGUGUUCUGAGGUGGGAGGGCUAAGGGAGCCGCACCCCAGCGCCUCCUUUUCUCCCAGGUUUCCCCUACGGCUCCUUCUAGCACAGGACAAGGGAGUAAGAUGGGCGGGCGUGCUUCCUCCUAGGGACCAGCAGGCAGGCAGAAAUCAAGAAACUUAAGAGGGGCAGACUCCGCCAAAGCCUGGAGGAGACGCGGACUUUCUACUCACCUGGGACCCUGAGCCCGUCAGAGGCGGCCCCGCGCCCCGUGGAGCCCACCGCGGCCCCCCUGACCCCUAGUCGAAGCAGGACGGGCCCCGGGAGCGACCUGGAGGUAACCGGGCUAAGGCCGCACAGGGGAGGGAGCGGCAGCAGGGCGGGGCCCGGCUGCUGCCGAGGGGUCCUCACGCUGGGCCUCCUUUCCUCCCGCAGGACGCGCUGUGGCUGCAGGAAAUCUCCAAUCUGUCCGAGUGGCUGAGUCCCGGCCCUGCGCCCUGAACUGUGCCCCCUCCCCGCGCCCCAGCGCCCGCGGGGGCCGCAUGUAGUCUGUUGUUCAAUAAACCUGCUCCGCGCGCGCGUGUCUCUUUAGUGCCGGGCCGGGGGCGGGGCGGCAGCCCGCGCCGUCGGAUGACGUCACCCGCGCUUCCGGCAAGCGCGGGCUGGGCAGCGGCGGGAUGCGUCACUGGUGCGCGCCGCGGGUCCAGGCGCGAUGGCGGCGCUGGGCGGGGAUGGGCUUCGCCUGCUGUCGGUGUCGCGGCCAGAGCGGCCGCCCGAGUCGGCGGCUCUGGGCGGUCCGGGCCCCGGGCUCUGCUGCUGGGUGUCCGUGUUCUCUUGCCUCAGCCUUGCCUGCUCCUACGUGGGCAGCCUCUACGUGUGGAAGAGCGAGCUGCCCAGGGACCACCCUGCCGUCAUCAAGCGGCGCUUCACCAGUGUCCUGGUGGUGUCAAGUCUCUCGCCCCUCUGCGUGCUACUCUGGAGGGAACUUACAGGCAUCCAGGCACAUCCCUGCUCACCCUGAUGGGAUUCAGGCUGGAGGGCAUUUUUCCAGCAGCGCUGCUGCCCCUGCUGCUGACCAUGAUCCUUUUCCUGGGGCCACUGAUGCAGCUGUCUAUGGAUUGUUCCUGUGACCUGGCAGAUGGGUUGAAGGUUGUUCUAGCACCUCGCUCCUGGGCUCGCUGCCUCACAGACAUGCGUUGGCUGCGGAACCAAGUGAUCGCACCCCUGACAGAAGAGCUGGUGUUCCGGGCCUGCAUGCUGCCCAUGUUAGCACCGUGCACAGGCCUGGGCCCUGCUGUGUUCACCUGCCCACUCUUCUUUGGAGUUGCCCAUUUUCAUCACAUUUUUGAGCAGCUUCGUUUCCGCCAGAGCAGCGUGGGGAGCAUCUUCUUGUCUGCAGCAUUCCAGUUCUCCUACACAGCUGUCUUCGGUGCCUACACUGCUUUCCUCUUCAUCCGUACAGGACACCUGAUUGGGCCAGUUCUCUGCCACUCUUUCUGCAAUUACAUGGGCUUUCCUGCCGUGUGUGCAGCCCUGGAGCAUCCACAGAGGCGCCCCCUGCUGGCAGGCUACGCCCUGGGUGGACCCUUCGCUCUGUGCCUUCCACAGAAAGUCUGCCAGCCUCACAUCACACAGGAGGAAACAAAUCUAAGAUGGAAGAGGAACCGGCUCGGUCACCUGGGAGUGGAGGCUUUUCUGGCUCUCUCCACCUCAGACCGCUGUCACGAUGCCACUUCUUUGGUUCCUGGAGGAACCCAGCCCAAAGGCUCAGAGCAUGAGCAACCCUGCCACGCAACACUGGAACUCAAGGUUUUUUUCUAGAAUCUGGUAGUGUUUACGUGCUCUUCCUGUUCUUAGAAUGGUUCCUAUGUUCUCAUUCCCCUGCCUCUAUGCCGUCCCCCCCUUUAAAAAAAAAAAAGACAAAGACUGAGAGAAUAUUCUCCCUCCAGGUCCUAUCCCAGACUCAAGGAGGUUGUCCUGCGUCCCCUUCCCUGAGGGUGGUGGUCGGAGAAAAGGAAACGGAUGUGCAGUCACUCCCUGCAGCCCCCAAACACAACUGGCCGUGACUAAACUGUAUUUGUCUGGAUCUAAAAGGGCACCGUGAGUCACAUACCUGCCUUGCUGGAGAACAUUCCUCUCCGCUAGCCUGCAUGGCAGCUGCCAGGGAAGCUGAGGGAGUGAGCACAGGCCGGUUUUAUAGAGGGUCCAUUUGGGAUCUGGGAGUCCAAAGAGGGGGCAGCGCAGCCCCACCCCAAAGAUUAGGCGUGGUACCCCAAGAUGGCUGGGCUGGCAGGGUGCCGGGAUGUACUUCCUGCCUGGUCCCCCGAGGGUCCCUCCCCUUCCUACAUCCCUGCUCAGGAACUGCCCAGCGCCCCACCCAUCUCUUCACUGCACCCUCCUCCUCCCCCGUGCAGUGGGCAGCUGCCCAGUGAUAGGAAGGGGUGCCAUCCCACACACAGGUGGGGAACUGUGGGGAAGGAUUAGGAUUCUCCCCAGGGCUGGUUGUGGGGGGUGGCAGGAUUAGAUCCUGGGCCUUUAGUCAGGGGCGCCUAACCUCCCAUCAGAGUCCUCACAUCCAGGGGUCUCACCUGCCCCCUACAAAGUGGUGUCUGUCUGCAUCUAGAGCUGCACUAACGGGGUGGGAGGUUAGUCCUGGUCUAGAAAAUAAAGCAGGAUGUGGAGAAGCAAGUCCACCAAUAGGCUGGUUUUAAUCCUCUCUGCCUCUCACUAGCUGUGGGGCACGGCCUCUGACUCCAUUUCUGUGUCUCUUAAAAGGGGUAAAGGUUGAUUCUUUGAGUUAAUAGAUGUUACAUGCUUAGAACAACCCUUUCCCCCGUCCAAGGUCUCAGUGACAACUAGCGAGUUCUGUUUUGGGUGUGUAUACAGUAGGCACUCAGUAGUGGCUUAACCCAGGGCCACAGUUUCCAUCCUCACUACCCUCCAAGGAGGAAGAUACAACUGAACUCCCGCAGGGGAGUUCUCAAGGGCAGCCCUGGCCCUCUGCUGAGUGGCACUAGGGGUGCGGUGGGUUGCACAGGACCCAAAAUGGAGGGCAGGGGAAGCCAGUUUUAUUGAGCAGAGUUCUCAGGACCUGGGUUUGGGUCUCCCCUGCAGGAGGCAGGACCCCUAAGUCUGCUCCCCUGGGUCCUGGGCCCACCUGCGCCCCCACCUGUGGCCUCCAGCAAGGGGAGGACCCUUAUUUGGCAAGAGAUGAGUAUGUGAGCAACUGUCCACUGGCAGGUGGAGGACAGAUGGCAGGAGGAAGAGAAUGGGCCACCACAGGCAGUGUCUCCCGCCCUGAGCAGCUGAGGACAGGCGCUCCAGGGCCAGGCCUUCCUGCCCUCAGCCCUGGCUGGCCUGGGCCUGCCCUGGCAG